UCUUAUCAGGGCGGAGGCCCACUGCCCAAUCGGCGAGGGUGCUCGUCGCUUGGUAACCGCGUCGCGAAGACGCGGGGUGGGCCGGGCCUCUGAUAGCCAGGGUCCGCGCACUGGUGUGGGCCCCGCUAGGCGGAGCCGGGAGCAGGGCCGAGCCAUUCACUGCUUCCCUGUGGACUGCGAUUUCUUCAGCACUCAUGCUGUGACCUCUGCGGCUGACCAGCACCUAGAGACAGAGCCAGCUCUGUGAGAAUGUUCAGUAGAAUGGUCCCUGUCCAGCCCAGAACUGUGGUCAGAUGCCAGUGGCCACUCACAAGGCCACUGCUUUAGUGAAUCUUCUUUACAGAACUCUCAAAUUCAAAAAUAUUUUAACUUGAAGGAAAUGAAAAGGAAUGGCAACCAUAUCAAAGCCAUCAAAGCCAAUAGCACCAAAUCGUGCAGCACCAAAGCCAGGGAUUUAACGCACAAAAUGGCGAUUAUACCAAAUUGGCAAUCUUUCUGUCCUCACCCCCGAAAAUACACAUCUUCAAGACCCCAUUCUUCACCUGGUAGAGUAUAUUCAAAGAAUGGUUUCCAAAAUAUGUUCAGACCUUCUUCUUCAACCACAACAGUUGCAAAUCCAAUACUGUCCUUCUUAGAUGUUAAACGGAUUUUAUUUCAAAAAAUUACCGAUAAAAGGGACGAAUUGAAAAAAGCCUUUCAGCUGCUCGACACUGGUCAGAACCUGACUGUGUCCAAGAGUGAGCUGAGGAGAACCAUCGCGGCCUUCCUGCUGCCGCUCACCAGGGAGCAGUUUCAAGAGGUGCUGGCUCAGGUCCCUGUCACUGGCUCUGGCAAUGUACCGUACCUUGAAUUCCUCUCCAGGUUUGGUGGGAUUGACCUGAACAUAAACACCAUAAAGAGGGGAGGUGUGAGUGAAGCAAAUUGCCACCGGACACUAAAAGAUCUUGAAGUCCAAGUCGCAGAAAAGGUUUUUUGGAACAUGAAAACCAUUACCAAAGCCUUUAAGCUCAUUGAUGUUAACAAGACAGGGCUGGUUCAGCCACAGGAGCUGAAGCGGCUUCUGGAGACCUUCUGCUUGAAGAUGACGGAUGAGGAAUACGAAAGAGUCCUCAGCCCCACGCUGUGCCCCUCCUGGGGUCUGCAGGCCUCUGUGCUGUGGCGUGUGGAAGCACUUUACCUGCACAUGGAGAUCCCGCGUGAGAAUCAACAAGCUAAGCUCUCCAGGAGGGAGCACUUGCCCAGCUUCGUGGCUUCUGACAGCAUCUGGGACAACUGCUCCUUGGAUGACAUUGAAAGGACGUUUUGCAGAGAGUUUUCCAAGUCCCACGAGAAGGUUGAAAAGGCCCUCAGUGCCGGGGACCCCUCCAAAGGUGGCUACGUCUCUCUGAAUUACCUAAAGGUCGUCCUUGACACCUUUGUGUACUGGUUACCAAGAAGAAUUUUCCUCCAGCUAAUGAAAAGAUUUGGACUUAAAACCACCAGUAAAAUCAAUUGGAAACAUUUUUUAGCAUCAUUUAAUGAGCCUCAGGAGUUCGAAGUCAGUUAUAUGGUUUCCUCAAAAAAACCAAGUAGCCUUGGCUCAAGAAACCAACCUCAGAAGGAAAGUAUUGUCACCAAAUUAUUUAGACACGGUGAAGACAGCUACAUGGCGUUGAAGAAAGCGUUACUGAUAAUCAACACUGUAAGAUUUGAAACCCUUCUCAUUGAAAAGCUCAUUGUUUCUAAGAAAGCUAACACUCAGAGCAAGACCAAUAAAAACUCUGUAUUCACCCAUUUAUCCAUCCAGCGAACGUUUUUGAGCUCCUGCUACUCUGCUGCCCUCCUGCAAGUGGCCCUGGGCAUCGCGACCACUCACCUUUCAACAAGAAGAACGUUGCCCUGUGCAGAGUCCAAGAUGCCACUCCACCUGGCCUGGAAUUCGGUGGAAGAAAUGGUUCAGGAUGCGAUCACUAGACAUCUGCAAGCUUUCUAUGACACGCUGCAGUCCUAUGACCUCAGAGACACAGGGACCAUCAGUCGAAGUAAUUUCAAGAAAAUCAUGCACACUUUCUGCCCAUUUUUAACAAAUGAACAUUUAACAAAACUCAGCAGUAAGUUUCAGGACACAGUUUCAGGAAGAAUCCUGUACAAGAAAUUUCUGGCAUGUGUUGGAAUUAAGGACCUGCCCACUAUGCCUCCCAUUUGUGUUUCCAAGGACAAGUCAAGUGAACAUUUCCAGAAAGAGCAGCAGCCGCUGCCGGAUCUUUCAGAGAGGGGUCCAGGGCCCCGCCCUCAGCUGCUGGGCUGGGGGUGGAGCAACAAUCAGGGUGGUAGGUGGUCGCUGAGCAGUGGCCAGGGUGACCAGGGCCUCUCCACCCUCACCUCCCUUCGCCAGGUACUAGAAGACAGCGGAAUGCCCAUGGACGACACCCAGUUCUCUCAGCUGACUACAAAGAUCGGCUUUAAGAAGGAGGGGAUGAGCUACCUUGACUUUGCGGCAGGAUUUGAAGCAGAGGAGUGCCUGAAGCUCUUCCCCAGGAGACUGAAGGAGCACUUCCAGGCAGUUGGAGAGAUGGCGCAGAAAAGCAGAACCAAACAGAAAGUUGCGGAUUCUGAACUAGCCUGCGAACAGGCUCAUCAGUAUCUUGUUAUCAAAGCGAAAAACAGAUGGGCAGAUUUGUCUAAGAAUUUUCUAGAAACUGACAACGAGGGCAACGGCAUUCUUCGACGCAGGGACAUAAAGAAUGCACUCUACGGCUUUGAUAUUCCCCUCACACCCAGAGAAUUUGAGAAGCUUUGGCAAAGCUAUGACACCGAAGGAAGAGGGCACAUCACUUACCAGGAGUUUCUACAGAAGCUGGGUCUUCGCUAUUCGCCCACCGUCCACCGGCCGUAUGCAGAAGAUUACUUCAACUUCCUGGGCCACUUCACGAAGCCCCAGCAGGUCCAGGAAGAGAUCCAGGAGCUGCAGCAGAGCACCGAGAGGGCGGUGCCUGCCAGGGCUAAACUCGAGGACCAUUAUCAAGACAUCAGCAAAGCCCUCACCACACUGGAUAAAUCCAAGAGCGGCUCCGUCUCCCUCUGCAAGCUGCGGAAAGUGCUGCGAGACUGUGGGUGUCCCCUCAAGGAGGUGGAGCUGAGCAGCCUGCUGAACAGUUGGGGCAUCAGCCAGCAGGAUAAUUCCGUCAAUUACCUUGACUUCUUGAGAGCGCUGGAGAAGAGAGCGCUGGAGAAGAGCCAGCUGGGCAGCCCGCAGUCCAGGGACCAAGAGGGAAGCCUGCCCAUCAACUUCUCCACGCUGAGCCCAGAGGAGAUCGUCAGGAACAUGCAGGAGGCCGUGGAGUCUGCGCAGCCGGCUCUGCUCCAGGCAUUUUCUGCCCUGGAUAAAGAGGACACCGGUUUUGUAAAUGCCACGGAGUUUGGGCAAGUCCUGAAGGACGUCUGCUGCCAACUAUCGGACAAUCAGUACCAUUAUUUUUUGAGGAAACUAAGAAUUCAUCUAGUGCCCUACAUAAAUUGGAAAUAUUUUCUAGAGACCUUCAGCUCUUUCCUAGAGGAGACCGCUGAUGAGUGGGCUGAGAAAAUGCCCCGGAUCCCGACCUCCUCAUCGCCUGGGGACAUGGCCAACAGGGACAUCCUAGAGCGGCUCCACAGAGCAGUGGCCUCCCACCCCCACACCAUCGCCCAGGAGCUGGAGAACUUUGACACCACGAAGACCAACACCGUCUCCCGAGACGAGUUCAGGGCCGUCUGCGCUCGGCAUGUGCAGAUCCUGACGGACGAGCAGUUUGACAGGCUCUGGAGUGAGAUGCCCGUCAAUGCCAAGGGGCGGCUGAAGUACCCCGACUUCCUGAGCAGGUUUGGUUCGGAGCAGGCAGCCACGCCACCAGUCUCCAACGACUCGACCCGGGCCCAGAGAGGGAGCAGCGUCCCCGUGGUCUUGGAAAGAACCAGAUCUACCGUCUCCUCGCCCACCCAUGACCUGAAAGUGGGGUCGAAAUCGCGGAGUCUGCCCUGCGUGAGUUCUCAGACGGCCAAGGCCCCUGCCACCUUGCUAGACCCACACGGCCUGGGGCCAGGGUGCUCCCUCCCCGGGGUGCAGGCCGCCAAGAGACUGGGCUCAGGGGAGCCUGGCGUGGGGGACACGGGAAGGGGCUUCCUGUGGAGGACUGGCUGUGAGGAGGGCAGGAGGGCGGUCAGCACUGGGGUGACCUGGACACUCUGCUGGUCUGCUGGCGUGGAAGGUGGGGGGCCCCACGCUGAGGACCAGGGGAGGUCUGUGGAGGCUAAAGACACCCGGACACCUGGGUCUUAUACCCUGUCCACCCCCUGCCACCACAGCUCUGGUGACAGCACAGCAGACUACCCAGGACCGUGGGCCUCUCCUGGGGCACUGAGUCUGUCGUGCGGUGAGCCAGGGAACUGCCACCGACGGCCUGCCGUGGUGUCUGCAGCCCUGGCGGAGAAGUUCAACCUGGACAUGAGCAAGGAGGAGAGCCAGCAGCUCGUCCUCAAGUACGACCUGAAGAACAACGGCAGGUUCGCCUACUGCGACUUCAUCCAGAGCUGCGUGCUGCUGCUGAAGGCCAAGGAGACUGCGCUGAUGCACAGGAUGAGGAUCCAGAACGCGCAGAAGAUGGUCUCCUUUCUCUCCUUCUGGAACCACAGAAAGGCCUGGAGCCUGGACCUGGGUCCUCGUGUCCUGGCAAGAGCUCAGGUGGCUCUUCCCAGAGCCCUGAGGAGCAUCAGCCUGACGCCAGGCACAGUGUCAGCCACUCCCACGGGCGCUGCCAUGUGGGGCGGGGCGGCAACCACGGAGACAGCUGAGUGCGCCUGGGCGUGGGGCGGGGCUGGAGGACCCCCCACUGCUCAGGGAGUUCUCCCUCUGUUCCCUCAAAGGCACCUGCAGACACUAGGCGUGCCUUUCUGGGAGGGCUGCAGGCUGGCCUGGGUGACGGUGGCCUGCUGUGUCCCGCAGGUGCUGAGGCAGUACAGCAUCAACCUCUCGGAGGAGGAGUUCUUCCACGUGCUGGAGUACUACGACAAGACGCUGUCCUCCAGGGUCGCCUACAACGACUUCCUCCGCGCCUUCCUGCAGUAGCCUGCACCCAGCACGCACAGCGGGCCUGGCUCUGGCCCAGGGCUAGUGAAGUAAGGGCACUGAGGGGCUCCUGAAUUUCCCGAAACCUCUCCUGAAUGGAGACCUGGCCAGCUCGCAGCCCUGGCCCGGCAGGCCCUGGCCGUGGCUGGAGGCCUCUGCAGGCGGCCUGGGCAGCCCUGCCUCGUCUCCUUCACUCACUGGUUUGAGCAAAUAAAAAGUCUUCUUGAGGCUUUAAAAGAGUAUGGA